AGCGUUUGCAACGCGUGGAUCUAUACGUCAAUGUUUCAUCAUGCAGUUUGGGAAGGUAUUAUCCGCUGCAGUGUUGCUGCUUGCGCGGCAAGCUGCUGGCAUCUCUUUGAGUGCCUUUCAAACUAAUUCCACUGCUAACCUUCCAGGUACGGUUUCAGUAGUCGUUCCCGCAGGUACAUCUGUUGUUCCUGGUGCAACUCCGCCCGCUGAUGGCUCAAACAACAAGACUUUUAUGGCCUCUGUCAUGGACUGGUUGAUGGGAACCCCUAAAUUCACCGUGCGUAAGGUGAAUGACACGAUAACCGCUUCCGCUGUUAACUACGUUAACGUCCACAACAAGGCUCCUGUUGUAGGUCCUUGCAUUGAGUUCCAGAGGUCGGUUCCACUGUACCACGACGACCAGGAGUACUCCACUGUGCACUUCCAGCUUCCAGCCACUAACCCUGCUGAGUCCAUGCCGAUAAAGGGCGCCAAGAUCCACGUCAGGCUGGUAUCCAACGGAAGUGACGUUGGUUCCGAAUGCCCAAGUAAAAAGAUCAAGGUCCAGCGCAUCAACACUCCUGAUCCUGAAGGUAAAACUACCCCCGUGAAGAUUGGAUCACCUGUUGAGUUCGAGGCUAGAGACAAGCAAGUAACCGCUGAAAUUGGCGCCAUGUUUGCUGACGUUACGAAUGUCAAUGAUUUGAAGGACUUUUGGGUAGUGUUUGAGGCUGACACCAUGUGCUACUUCUCCAUCGACGCUGCCAACAAUGGCUGCUUCAUAACUUUUGAUGUGGAGAAAAGUGUCAAGGAAGAGGUUGUAUCUAUGAAGCGCUCUACAAUCGGUCCCAUUGCCAUUUUGUCACUGAUUGUUAUUGGUGGAGCUGCUUUGUACUACCGCAACACCCGCACUGACUACACAUACUUCCAGGAUCAAGGUGACAUGAUUGUCAACACCUAAAUGAACAGAAACAACCUUUAAUGCAGU